AUGUCCGAUACGUGGGACCGUCUCUCUAGCCAACGUGAAUAUCUGGUCUCUGUGGAACUAUAUGUUUCGACAACGGCGGGCUCAGCACUGCGAAAGCCCGUCUCCAGUCGAAGGAAAGCCGAAAAACGCGACUCUAGUGCCGUUGUAUUGGAUGAUAAUAAGCUUCGAGACAGAGCAAGUUGGCAAGCUCUGCCCAAGAGCCUCAGUGGUGCCGGGCAGUGGAGAAAUGCCACAUGUAAACUGUCCGAAGAAGGCGAUAGGUGUUUCUUGAAUAUCUAUGUCGACGAAUCCAUCCUUUACCAAACAGUCUACAUCCACCUACUCAACCAAACCGACAUCCGACCUGCCGAUCCGUCAUUGUUUUUCAGAAAGGACUGCAUAGGACUAUAUUGCAUCGAGGGGCAACGCUGGACGUCUGCAACAACUGCAGAACCGAUAUACCUCCAGUUCCCUAACCCGGAUACGUGUGCAACUUGGCUCGCCCUGCUUAAAUCAUACGCUAUCCCAGAGAUCUAUGGAAGAUGGUUCUUCCCUGUCGACGGUGGCUCAUACAGGAUGUGGCGGCAGAUUGAACUAUCCGUUAUUCAAGCACGACAUAUCAGGGCCCAGAAGGCGGAGAAUGGUUAUGAUAUUGGAGAUGCUGGUGGAGAUGCUGAGUUUGAUGGGGAAGUCUCAUGCGAGAUCCAUUUGAAUAGCAUCCUCUGCGGGAGGACGACGGGGAAGAAACGACCUGCUGGAAAUUCGUUGUUGGACUGGCAUGAGAAGUUUGUCUUUCCCGACUUGCCGCCGUUCGAGACUCUGGUUAUCAACAUAUGGAGGGAGAAGAAAGCGACGAAGCCGACAGUGCUAGGCCUUGUUCGAAUCGAACUCUUCAACUUUCGACGAGGAGAGACGACGGAGGGAUGGUUCCCAAUCAUCCAGGGGAUGAGCGGUUCCUCGAGAGAGACGCAGAUCGGAGAAUUGAGGUUGAAGCUUCGCGUCGACGAAGAAAUAAUUCUACCCCAAGCAGCGUACCAAGGGCUACUGGCUACGUUCGACUCACGAAACUUCUUGGAUUGGAUGACAGAGCUCGAAAGCAAGCUCAAGCUGAAGCAUAUCUCGAGCCAGCUUAUGGCAGUCGCAAUCGCUCAGGACACUCUAAUCGUUCAAGUGCAAGAGUUCGCUGCCAGGGAAGUGCUGGGUGCUCCAAUUUCCCACCAGACCCUCUUUCGAGGGAACACCGUUUUCACCAAGGUCAUGGAAUUGGCCAUGACGUGGUAUGGGAAAGCAUUCUUGGAAGCCAGUAUCGGACAGGUGCUUCGGAGACUAUGUGCUGAGAAAGUCGCCAUCGAGGUUGACCCUGUAAAGAGCGGCAAGAGCAACAAAGAAGUCGAAAAAAACGUUGAGCAACUGAUAUACUGGUGCCAAGAAUUUUGGAAUCAAAUCUACGCUGUUCGAAACGAAUGUCCGAUCGAGCUAAGGCGGCUUUUCUUGACGAUUCGGAAGCUGGUAGAAGAACGAUGCCGCAAUGAGAAUGGGUCCAUAGGUGCAAAUCGCGAUUUGCCGAAGCAGAGUGUGUCCGCGUUCGUCUUCUUGCGUUUCAUUGUCCCAGCCAUACUGCAUCCACAUCUUUUCGGCUUAUGUCCUGGUCUUCCAUCAGACCCUGUGAAACGAAGCUUAACGUUAAUCGCCAAGGUUAUCCAGAGCUUGGCCAACUUGAAUGCAUCCGCGCAAAAGGAGGCAUUCAUGCGAGGCAUCAAGGAUUUCCUGGCGAAUAGCUUGAGCGCAAUGGUCGAUUACAUUGCAGCAGUGUCUGGCCCGAUUGACGAACACCAGGCCAACCAUUCCAACAGAGAACAUCGGCAUGGCCGCCUACGUAUUGCCAAUGGACUUCGCGAACGGCGGGCAACCAUGGCAGUCCUCGAUAGAGAAGCAAUUCCGACCUUACCCCAUCUUCUCGACGUCCCGCGCCAUCUAGCUGUGAUAACAUCAGCUGUGAUCAGGAGUUGUCGAGAUCCCUCGAUCCAUCCCGGACUUUCUGGCGACGAUAGUGUCCAGUUAGAGGAAUUCUGUACCAGAUGUGCGGAAGUCGAAGAGCAAGCGCUCUUCAGGGUCACACAGCUGGCAUCCAAGCUGUCCAUACGAAGACCGUCCCUCCCCAAUGUCCAUUCGCCUAAUUCAGCAUUGCCUGGCCUAACCUCACCGGUUCAAACUCAACCCUCAAAGCCACGUUAUAACCACCGGCAAACCAAAUCGGCUGCUAGGCCGUCGACAGCACCAUCUUCCGGCUCAAACACUCCUCGACAGGGUUGGAACGAGAUACCACCCCCAAAUUCUCCUGUUGCACGAUCGAAACAUGGUGACUCCAACGGGACCAAUGAUGUCAGGGAGCGACUUCCUUCCCAGCCUGGGACAAAUCGCCCCCGUCACGUCAAGGUCCCUUCGUCCGACGCCGUUCCAUUGUAUACUGUCUCUACCGUCACCACUGGUCGGCCUGCGAUAUCGACCCCACAAAGGGUGCCAAGUGCAUCCAAUGAAACCCCUGAAGAUAUCACGAAGAGAAAACGAGGGUUAUUCCGGGGGAUCCUGAAGCGCUAG